AGUCUUCACACACAAAAGAAUGCACGAAACGAAAAGACUUUUCCACUGUGAAAUAUGUGAGCGAUCUUUUGUCUCUAACGGUACAUUAACAAGACACAAAAGAACACACACUGGAGAAAAACCAUUCCUCUGCGAAACGUGUGGAAAAUAUUUCAUCUCUAACAGUAAUUUAGCAAGACACAAAAGAAUACACACUGGGGAAAAACCGUAUCAUUGUGAUAUAUGUGGGACAUCUUUCUCUGAUAAAUCUAAUCUUAUAGUUCACAAAAGACAACACACCGGAGAAAAACCGUACCACUGCGAAAUAUGUGGAAAAUCUUUUAUCACUAACGACCACCUAGUAACACACAAAAGGAUACACACUGGAGAAAAACCGUUUCACUGUGACGUAUGUGGGAAAUCCUUCGCUCAGAAUUUUUGUUUCAUUCUCCACAAACGUAGUCAUACUGGAGAAAAACCUUAUCGUUGUGACCUCUGUGGGAAAUCUUUCUCACAUAGUUCUCAUCUUGUAGUUCAUGAACGUCGUCACACGGGAGAAAAACCUUUCCAUUGUGACAUCUGCGGGAAAUCCUUUUCUAAUAGUUCUCAUGUUACAAUUCACAAACGUAGCCACACGGGAGAGAAACCUUUCCAUUGUGAAAUUUGUGGGAAAUCCUGUUUCACUGAUAGUGAUUUAACGAAACACAAGAAAAUUCACACUGGAGAAAAACCCUACCAGUGUGGAAUUUGUGGGAAAUAUUUCAACACCAACUGUGACUUAAAAAUACACAAACAAAUACACACUCGAGAAAAAGCCUUUCAUUGUGAUAUUUGUGGGAAAUCCUUCUCUAAGAAUUCUUGGCUUGUAGUUCACAAGCGUAGUCACACUGGAGAAGAACCUUUUCAUUGUGAUAUAUGUGGGAAAUCAUUUAUUACAAACAGCGAUUUAACGAAACACGAGAGAAACUGCAGUGAGACAUGUUAGCGAGACUAUUUUGUUGUGACGGCAGAGCACAGUCGUGCUACGCUCAAAACAUCCAAUUACUGCUGGUUGCGGAAGGAUACAUGUGACUACUUCUGCCCAGCGGUAAAGUGCGCCAGUUUUGAAUGGUAAAAUUUCUGUUACCAUUUGACCGUUGCGAUGUGAACAUCCGUCGCUGAUAGAUCGUCCAUUUGACAAAACACGUUGCUGAUUUAACGCCAAUUAAAAAACGCGUUUACUGCCAUGGGAUUUCUACCUCGCUUCACAACUACGCAACGCAUUGGAUAUUUACAUCUUGCAGCUAUUAAGUACCAAAUCUAACUACCUCGGAUGUUAUGAAGAAAUUAUCUCAUGUCUCUCACUACACCCUUAAUUACCUUGGCAUGUGCUUCCUACUACCACGUGUGUGGUCAAGGAAUAAAUUAUGUUUAUUAACGAAAGAAUAUUGCCUUCGGAUAUUUAUUUUUACAUUCAUAUAAAACAUAUAUACAUUACUGGAAGCCUUCUUACACACUCACCAAUCAAAUAUACUAUUUAAAAAAAUAAUAAUAAAAACAUAUUACUGUGAUAUCUGUGGCAAAUCUUUCUGUCUUGCAGUUCAAAAACGUAUUCACACUGGAGAGAAACCCUUUUAUUAUGAAAAAUGUGGAAGAUUAUUCACUUCUAACAGUGACAUAAUAACACACAAAUUAAUAUAUACUGUAGGACAGAAACGUUUGCACGCCGGGCGAAAUGCUUAGCGGUAUAACGGCUCUGUGAUUUAUUGUGAAUACUGUUGUGUUACUUUGUGAAAACUAUGUGAAGUUGUCUCUGUAAAUAAUUGUGAUUUUUGUGGAAUUAUUGCUGUUACGUUUCAUGCGAGCCGCUGCAUUUUUCCGCAGCUAUGGCAAGUAGUAGUGUCUCCAGUAUGGAGAGCUACGCCAAGGCCACUGCGGCGAGGAAGCCAGUGCCGCUGGAAACCAAAUUGAUCGAGUUGGAUAUGGAGGAGGUGACCAGAAGCAGGAAUUUGAUAGAAGUAGAGGGAGACUCAUACAAAUUGUGCCCCCCAAAAGAGACUAAAGAAGACAAAAUUCUGAGGACAGUUGUUUAUCGUACCCAGGCUGUCGAAACCUGUAAAAUUGAAAUGGUGACGGAAGAGGAAAUCGAGGAGUGCCUGGGUGGAAUUGUGAAUGAAGCCACGUACAUCAACAGAGGAAGAAAGUUCGGUACGGUAGAGGUGAGGUUCGCCACUAUAGAAGAGGCAACCAAGCAUGCAACCAACAUUUUAAGAAAUGAAAAAAUAGCAUUACUACCAAGUUAUAGAGGAAGAAGUAGUGUGAAAAUACGUAUUCCCAGAGUUACACCAGAAAUUAAACCAGAGUGGCUGGUUGCAACAGUGCUGGCUGCAACCAUGGAGGAGCUGGAAGUGGGACCAGUGGCGAAAUCAAAAGUGCACAAAUGGUGGGGAUUUGAACUCGAAAUGUGGCUUUUUGCCACAUUCGAGGACAUAGAAAGAAUUCCCUACCAGAUAGAAGUGGAGGAUGAGGGAACGUUAAAUGUUGUAGUCGAGGGAAGGAAACCAAAUUGCUACAUAUGCGGGGAAAGAGGUCAUAUGAAGACCAAAUGCCCCCUAUAUGAGUUCACACAGCCACAGCAAGAGAAAGCACAAGCAGAGGAGGAAAACAUUGUAGAUCAUACUGAGGAAUUGAAAGAGAGACAAAAGUGUGAAACAGAGAAAACAAAGGAGAAGAACGAAAAUGGAGCUACUAACCUGAAAAAGCAAAAGAAAAAUAAGUCAAAGGAACGGUCAACAGAAAACAAAAAAGAGAUAGAAAAGCCAGAAACUAAUAAUGUACAAGAAGAGGAGGAGAGAACGGAUAAAGAUGUCCAAUACAAGGGGGUUUUGAUAAAGUAUGAGAAUUGUGAGCAGAUGGAGAGUAAAGUCGAGAGAUUGGAGGAAAUAAUAAGAGUGAAGAUGCCAGAGAAAUGUGCUGAGAAAUGCAUUUUGAUACGUGAGGAAAACUACUGGGAUUACAUAAAAGAACUUGGUGAAGAUAUAAUAACGAAAAGGGUAUGGUUGGUGGAGACACCACCCCCUAGAACUGAUUACUUACAGUUGAUAAGGACGGAAGUAACAGUGAUUAAUGGGAGAAAAAUAACGCGAGUAUUUCAAUUUUUUGAGUUGCAAAACUGUUAAAAUGUUUACAUGAUGUUGAACGUAAAAGUGAAAAACUGGAUAAAUGUAACCACCCGAGUGGACAUUGCGCCUCAUUUUUUCAUUCUUGCAUAUUAUCAUUUUAUUUUAAUUUUUCUUCUACUAUUAUCAUUCGCUUUUGUAAUUUUUAGUUCCCCGAUUUUAUGUUUGUUGCGUUUUGUAUUGUCUUUAUGUUUUGUGAUGUCUUAAAAAUUCUUUGUAUAACCCUUUAUGGGUAAUAAAGAAAUCGGUAUUUCGUCUGUC